UAAAUUGACGGAACUAUCCAUCGUUCCGACAGUUAAUUCGCGAAAUCGUCACCUGAACCGGAGGAGCCCGACCAUCACGCAGACAUCGACCCAUUCUGUCCGAACGCGCCGCUUCUCUCUCGAGAGAAGGGACAAAGAUCGAACCUUUUCUUUUCUUCUUUUUAAAAAGUUUCGAUUUUUAAGAUCACAAGAAAAGAAAAGAAAAGAAAAGAAAAGAAUCGUAACACCGCCGAGGAGGAGAGAGAGAAUACGAUGCCGGAAACAACGCCAGCUAAUCUUGCUUCUUCUUCUUCUUCUUCGUCUUCAAGCUCCGACCGUGCUUCUGUGAAAACCGAAGAGAUUGAAGCCGGUGGUGUUGGUCAAGAAGUGGAGAGCAAACCGGAAACUGCUGCAGCCUCCUCCAUUGCCGUUAACGCCUUUCCUGAAUCUUCUUCAGGUGGUGGUGGCAAUAAAAGCUUAUCUCGACAAUGGUCGAUGCCGAUGGAUAGAUCUUCAAGCAACGAUAGGGCUGAAUCAUCAUCAUCGUCAUCACCAUCAAAGCCUAGGUUACAUAAAUCAAAGACUGAGAGGCACCACAGAGUUACCCACAUUCUUGCCGAGGACGCCGCUAAGAUAUUCGACGACAAAAUCUCUGCAGGGAAGAAGCUAAAGUUGCUGAACCGUAUAGCUAAUGUGAAACAUGAUGGGACAGUUGAGUUUGAAGUUCCAGUGGAUUCUCUCCCACAGCCUAUUCCUGUGGACCGUGCAGAGUCCAAAAACGGUGAUGAGUCUAUUGAUGGGGUAGACUUUCAGUACAUUCCUCCUCCUAUGCAGAUUGUGAUGCUAAUCGUUGGAACACGCGGAGACGUUCAGCCUUUUGUUGCAAUAGCCAAACGCCUUCAGGACUAUGGACAUAGAGUUAGGCUUGCUACUCAUGCAAAUUUCAAAGAGUUUGUUUUGACUGCUGGAUUGGAGUUUUAUCCUUUAGGUGGAGAUCCAAAAGUACUAGCUGAAUAUAUGGUUAAGAACAAGGGGUUUUUGCCAUCAGGCCCUUCAGAGAUUCCAAUCCAACGAAACCAAAUGAAAGACAUAAUAUAUUCUCUACUUCCAGCGUGUAAAGAACCUGAUCCAGAUUCUGGCAUUUCCUUUAAUGCUGAUGCUAUUAUCGCCAAUCCUCCAGCAUAUGGACAUACACAUGUGGCAGAAGCACUGAAGAUACCUAUUCACGUAUUUUUCACCAUGCCUUGGACGCCAACCACUGAGUUUCCACACCCUUUGUCACGUGUCAAGCAACCAGCAGGAUACAGACUCUCGUAUCAAAUCGUCGAUUCAUUGAUCUGGCUUGGAAUAAGGGACAUGGUAAAUGACCUAAGGAAAAAGAAACUGAAGCUACGGCCUGUUACAUAUCUAAGUGGAACACAAAGCUCUGGCUCUAAUAUUCCACAUGGGUAUAUGUGGAGUCCUCAUCUAGUCCCAAAGCCUAAAGACUGGGGACCACAGAUUGAUGUAGUGGGGUUUUGCUUCCUUGAUCUUGCAUCAAACUAUGAGCCUCCUGCAGAACUUGUGGAAUGGCUAGAAGCUGGUGAUAAACCUAUUUAUAUCGGCUUUGGUAGUCUCCCUGUGCAAGAACCAGAGGUGAUGACUGACAUCAUUGUGGAAGCACUUGAAAGAACCAAACAGAGAGGAAUCAUUAACAAAGGCUGGGGUGGCCUUGGAAACUUGAAAGAACCCAAGGACUUCGUUUACUUGUUGGAUAAUGUCCCACAUGACUGGUUGUUCCCAAGAUGCAAGGCAGUGGUUCAUCAUGGUGGUGCUGGAACAACGGCUGCAGGUCUUAAAGCAGCGUGCCCGACUACAAUAGUACCUUUCUUUGGAGACCAACAAUUCUGGGGAGAACGAGUGCAUGAUAGAGGAGUAGGUCCUCCACCAAUCCCAGUGGAUGAAUUCUCACUCCAUAAGCUUGAAGAUGCCAUAAAUUUCAUGCUCGACGAGAAGGUGAAGAGCAGUGCAGAGACUCUAGCAAAGGCGAUGAAGGACGAGGAUGGUGUGGCUGGAGCUGUGAAGGCCUUCUUCAAACAUCUUCCGAGUAACAAACAGGAUCUUCAGGAAUCGAUCCCCGAACCAUCUGGAUUUCUCUCUUUGAGACAAUGCUUUGGCUGUUCUUAACUUUCUUCCUCUCCCUCCUCCAGAGUCUCCUAUUUUCUCUUGUGCAUUGUUACCUCUUCUUGUUAUGUCUGUUUUCACUUCUUGUUCCCUUGAUUUUGUUUUUACAAUUCACUUAGAAAAAGUUUAACAUUUGUGAAGUACUUUGGAAUGUAAUGUAUAGGUGAUGCAUAUAAGCUUUGAUUUAUCGUAAGCAGCAAUAAAAUGAUAACAAAGUUCUUAA